GUCACACGUGGUUGAUUAGAAUUUCUGAUAGCAACGUGGCAGGUAUUAUCGGACAGCCACUCUUGAACUUGCUUUAAUACUCUGUACAAGCGCGUGCUGGCCCUCUGUGCAUGUCAGCAAUGCUCACCUUCCAAAUAUCAUGGGGAACAGUAGUCGAAGCCGCUGCCGUGGCAGCCGUCAUGCUGGUUCUGUGGCGACAGGUUCGCCCAUCCAGUCGUCCGCCUCUUCCCCCGGGCCCUCGCCCAAUUCCACUUAUAGGCAACCUCAGCCUACCCAAGGACUACAGAGUCACGUUUCGCGAACUUGCGGAUAAAUAUGGCGAAGUGGUCAACUUCUGCAUAUUCGGCAAGAACCUCAUCUUGUUGAACAGCAAACGCGCUGUGACCGAGUUGCUAGAGAAGCGUGCCACCACCUCUUUUGGGCGGCAGAAGCUGGUCAUGGCUCACGAAUUGGUCGGUCUGAAAUACAUGUUCUCGCAAGUCAGCGACCCUGUCUUGCACCGGCAGUAUCGUCGCGUUUUCUCUGCCGUCUUCGGUCCACGCCCAUCACGCGCUUUCUGGGACAUACAAACUCUCCAGAUCCGCAAGCUCACCGCCAAGCUGUUAACAUCCACCAGUGAAUACUCUGCGCAUAUAGACAAGGCCACUGCAGCUAUUUCCUUCCUCAUCGCAUAUGGGAAGGAUCUAGACCAGGAAGAUCCCUCACUAGUGAAGAAGAUCCAUGGAUUUAUGGGACUCCUGAUGCGUCUUCAAGCACCGGGCGCUUUCCUAGUCGACUUGAUACCAGGGUUACAGAAGCUUCCCGAGGGCUGGCCUGGAACGAAGUUCAAGCAACAAGCUAAAGUAUGGAGGAAGGAGGUGGACGAGGUUAUGGAUGUUCCAUACCAGAGCGUCAAGCAGGACAUGGCUUCAGGAAAAGCCGAUCCGUCCUACACACUUAGUCUCCUGGAGGGCGCCGAUGGAAAAGACACCGACGAGAUCGUGAUCAAGUGGACGGCUGGUGCUAUAUUCAACGCCGGCAGUGACACGACAGCAGCCUCGAUCCACAACUUUCUGUACGCCAUGAUGAUGUUCCCGCAAGUGCAAGCCAAAGCCCAACAGGAGCUCGAUGCCGUCAUUGGCAGGGACCGCCUUCCCACGAUCGAGGAUCGAGACAAGUUACCGUACUGCUGGGCGAUGACGCAGGAAUCCCUGCGAUGGCAGCCAGUCGCCCCACUGGCCCUGCCUCAUCUCAUGCUUGCCGACGAGAUCUAUGAAGGAUAUCUGAUUCCUAAAGGAGCUAUGAUCAUGGCCAACGUCUGGCUGCUUGCCAGGGAAGAGAGGGAAUUUCCGGCUGCUGCCGAGUUCCAACCAGAAAGAUAUCUCAGCAAAGACGCCAAGCCGUCGGAAGAUGCAGAACAGACCCGAGGGCCAUCAUUUGGCUUCGGAUUUGGCCGCCGAGCCUGUCCCGGGUCGUACCUUGCAGAGGAUUCUCUCUUCGCUGCUGUUGUCACCAUCCUUUGGUCAAGCAUCGUUUCGAUUCCGGCAGGAUAUUCAAAAGAGACGCUAGAUCCAGGUUAUCCCAAGAAACCGGCCGUGCAUCGCCCAGUACAAUUUCCUAUCGAUGUGAAACGGCGCUUCCCGACUGCGCUAGAAAUGCUGAAGCAGUCGAUCCAUGAAUGAUAGCACGAUACACGUAUAGACUGUCCUGCUUACCUCCUUGAGUGAUAAUCCAUUCA